UGAGAUGUUUGCGUGGUGUAUUAGUGUAUAAUUGAAAUAGCAACGAAAGGGAUAAUUCUAUGCUUCCUCUCCAAAGCUUCUUUAUCAAGGAAUCAGACAACCAUCUAUGGAAGCAGCAUAUAGAGCUUUCAUUCAUGAACUUUCGCGAUGAAACAACUUUUUUUGGUUAUUCUCGUCACAUCCACGAAUUUGCUCAUCACACGUGUUUCGGGAUUUGUUUCCUGUGUAUCACGGCAACAGCAAACCGAUGCCUCGCCGAGAAAUUGGAAAUGCGCUCUGCAAACGUCAUCGAACUCGGAGGAAGCCGAACGUGAGGUGGACGAGAACGUUUAUCAGAGCAUCGACAUAGAUGCAGUUUCAGACGCCGAGGCUCUAUUGGCAGUUAGGGCAUAUUUGCAGCGCAAAAAUAGACUAGGUUCUUGGUCAAAGUAUGAAGAACGGAAGCGGCAGGCCAGACAGUCCAUUUCGUCCAUGCAGAAUGCUUCUUCUAGGUCUGUGGACGAGGCUGGGUUCUUUUGGGAAGACCCAGCGCAGCUCCGAUAUCUUUACCAUGACUCUGAAGCGAGCAAAACUAUUUCUAGUCGACAUGACGACAGCGAGGCAGACCUUUCAGAAACGGAAGAGACAGACGAAACACUCGUCCUCCCAGUUGACGGUGAGGCGAAAUCACGUACCGACACCGAGUUACUGGAUUUCCCCAUGGAUGAAGAAGAUUUUGACGCAGACGCUACAGCCGACUCUUUUUUUGAUCACGGACCUUCGGAUUCCAGAAUACGGCGCUCGAAAGCUGCUCGAAAAACGUGGUCCAAUCCGGAUUGGCGCAAAAUGUGGUACGAAAGACGGUGGGGAGAACGCCGCCGGCAGCGUGUUCCGGGAAAGCAAGAACAAAAGAUAAUGGAAGACAGAGUUCGUACCUUCAACCCAGAUCAAUUGCUUGGCAGCGAGGCUUUGUCGUCGCUAACGGAAGGUGAAAUAGCGGACGCAAUCUGCAGCUACGUGGGGGCCAAUCGCAAACGCUCUUUUUCUCGCCAGAUAUCUUUACAGGAACGGAAAGCCGCUUUGCAGAAGCCCCCUCCUAUCCAAGCGUUGCCUAGAGACUAUCUUCUCCAACAGGACCCAGCAGUCCUGAUAGAAAACCGACGGAAACGAGCAAGACGUGCCUCUCAGGCGUAUCAAAAGCGACUAGACAACGAAUCAUUUCAAAGAGAUGGCCAGCGGCGACGACAAGCAUCAGCCAAGCGAGCCGCGGAUGGAAAAGCGUCAGCACGGACUAUAUCGCAAGCUCGAACGCCAGACGCUGCUCUCCAACGGAUUACGGCCGAUUUGGACGAUGAGCGCAUACCUGCUAUACUCGAUGUUGAGCUUAUUUUAGAGCCCAUUCGUCUUGGCCGGCGAAAGAACGUUUUACGUCGAAUUCUUAGUGUUUGUUUCGACUUGCGGGGGAAAUGUGUACCAGAUGAAAGCACUUUGGAAGAGUGGAACAACGCAAAAGAAGACACUGCCGAAAGUGUCGAACCUUACGGCUUUGUCUUUGCGACGAGCUGCUCAAUCGACCAUCUCGGCAAGUUUGUCCUGUACUGUGUCCAAAAGGCACACCGAGAAUUACCCUUCUUUGUGCGCAAGUGAUUUUUUGCAGAGUGGCUCAAAAGAUACCCAUGGAGUGAUUAUUCUUCCUUGACUGAAACCAGCAAGAGAGGUUCUGGCUUUUACAAGCUACAUGCACGGUUUGUGUUAAGUUCAUUCUCUCGCCUUGCUGGAAGCAAAUGUAUCUCAGUUUAUCAAUACUCUAUUGAUUUUC